AUGCAUCCUUCUACCAAUACUCAGGUAGCGCAACCCCAGCUUGGGAUAAUCCUUCGCGGCAUCGGCGAACUCGUUGAAGCAGCAUUGGAGGCAAACAAUAUGAUUGUCCAGGACGACGCUGUCAAGCCAGACGCCCUCUUACUUCGCACUCGCCAAUCUGAACUGCUAAAGGAAUUUGAGGACGUGAUCCUGACAGUUCAGAAGAGAGCAUCCAAGGCGAUCUACGACGUAAAGACGAAAUUGAGAUUAUUAGAGGACUUACCAGGUAUCAUCACAGGAGGCGAGCUAAACAGUCUACUGGGUUGCAUGCUCUUAGGCCGUCGGCCGAGUUAUAAGCUUCGCGAUCCCGUGGAUGCCGUUCCUUGUCCCCAGCUGGUUACUUACGAUGACACCAACCCGGCGCCGCCCCAUAACCUUGGCGAUACCACCGUGGCCUUGCAACCUACCUUGCGAAACGUCUGGGUGGUCCAGCAUGCUUAUGCCACGCUGCUGAACUACAAGGAGAUGCUUAUCCACCGAUACCUUGCUGUGGCGGAGGAGAGUGCUGUAAAGAGCCGUAAGAUCUCUCGAGAAUACUACGAAGACCUCAGCUUGGCUCAGCUGCCGUCGAAGAACAAGCUCGGUAAUCUGCUCGACGUCAAGUAUUCGUCGAGUAAUUAUGCAACCCACGAUCUCCAAAUCGUCCUCGUGUUCAAGGAAUUUAACGGCGGCCUCAGAUACGUGGAGGCUGUGAAAGGCGACCUGGUCGACAUAGGAAACAACGAGAACGGCCAAUAUCUCGCCAUACCUGCUACCGAAACGAGCCUCAAGAAUCUGUACGAUGUAUAUAGGUCCCUGAGACAGACGACUUCGGAACAGCGUCGCGCGACUAAGGACAAGGAAUUUGCGGCGAAGCUACCGGCCGAUGAGAUGGACGAGCUUCAAAGGCAGUUUAGCUCUGCAGGAGCUGGGUUGGUUGAUGAUACAAAGGAUAGUAGAAAUAAGAAGCGUCGCCGGAUGCUUGACGAUGACGGUCAUGAUGACGAAACUAGCGGAUAA